GUCCGCAACGCCACUCACUGGUGGCAAUGAGUGAGUGUGGUUGAAGAUGUCGCCCCUUCUGGCUGGGUUAUAGUUCUUGAUCUCGGAUAUUGCUGCAGUAACUUUCAGGUUGAGGAAGCCAAGUGCUGCUUCCCCUUUCCCUUUUGAUUGUUACUCCGCUAAGUUCGCUUCAUCCCAUUAAUAACUGGAUAUUUUUUCUUUCCGCCCAUAGAGAGUAUAGACAAUGGUGCUCCGCAAGUUCGAAUUAGAAGCCAAACUCAAAGACGACAACCAGCUCAUUCGUAACGGUGUGCUUCGAAACGACCAUCCGCUGGACCUGUCUCCGGAGUUCCACGACUUCCUGCAGGCCUGUCGCCGUGGCGAUCUGAAGCGCUGCCAGGAGUUAAUAUCCGCGGGCGUCAACAUCAAUGCCAAGGAUCAGUUCGACUACACCCCGCUCGUGGUUGCGAGCUUAUGUGGUCACUAUGAGCUAGUUCAGUUGCUCCUGGAAUCAGGAGCACUGGCCGACCCUGAGUCCUUCGAGCGCGAACGAGCCGUUUACAACGCACUCAACAACAAAAUCAGGAACUUACUCCUCUCAUACGACUACUCUAAAACGGCGGACCCCCUGCAGCCAUGGUCGUCCCACAUUACAUCGCUGCUAGUCCGCGACACGCCUCCAACUUCCGACAUCACUCUGUCAGCUGCUAUAGACGAGUUUCGGCUGCACAAAUUCCUUCUCUCGGCACGCUCACCCUAUUUCAUGCGCAAGUUCGCAGAUGCACCCGAGACGGUGACAUGGAAACUGUCCCAUGCGAUCCCGGUUGAGGCUUUCCGGGUUGUACUACGCUAUCUGUACCUUGGUGACCUUCCCCGGGAUUUCGUCGGCCCUAGGAGCGCGGUUACCGAGGAGGAAGUUUUCAGGGGCAUCGACAAACUGUGCAAGCAGCUUGAGAUCGAGCAGCUGUGGGAGGCCGUUUUGUCGAUCAACGACCGACGGCUCGCUCGACAGCGGCAACAAGACGAGACCCAACGAGCCCAAGCGCAAGUGGAAGCCCUAUUUCACAACACAGUGCUCAAGCACAAAAUGCUGGUCGACACCCGCAAGGUUGACGACGUGAAGUGGCCCCACCACAACGCCAUCUUUGCCGACUGUCUGGUGAGAGCGGACGAACAACUAGAAGGCGAAGAGGACGCAGAUACCGAGAUCCUCUCGGACGGGAGGGGCAUCCCAGUUGGCCCGACGAGCUCAUCGGAUAUGGACACCCCUCGAAAGCCUCCGCGACGUUCGGUGCUUUUCCCAGCGCACAAGCCCUUCCUGAUCCGCAGCCCUUACUUCGAGACCAUGUUCUCCUCCGAGUUCCUCGAAGCCCAGGACACAGAGCACCUGCACAUCAUCAAGGUGGACUGCAGCCCGCAGGUCCUGGAAAUCAUUCUCCGCUUCCUCUACACCGAGAAAGUCGACUGCCCUCUAGAGCACGCCCUUGACCUGCUCUACGCGGCCGACAUGCUGCUCCUCGAGAAGCUCAAGAAUAAGGCUGCCGUCACCAUCUCCACGCUCGGCAGCGGCAACGCCAAUGCCCUAGUUGACCGCACGCACAACGCCGCCAAGACGGAAGCGACAGAGAAUGCGGGGGAGGUUGCGGAAGUAGUAGAAGUAGAGCCCAUCAAUGUCUACGACGUAAUUCACGCAGCCUGGGAUCUCAAAGUCCAGCGCCUCGAGGAGUUCGCGGCGCGCUACCUGGCCAGCCGGCUCGAGGAUUACAUCGACGAGGAGGAGUUUGCCGAUCUGAUCCAGGAAAGUGCGGCGCGGCUGAAGGCAAGACAGGAGACUGACACCAUAGAGUUGCUGGAUGAUAUCCGGUAUUAUCUUUCGGAGCGGUUCCGACUCAGAUUUGAGGGGGACGGGCUGGAGGAGAUGUUGGAUGAGGGGGUGAAUACCGUGGAGGGGCACGGCGGGGAGGAAGACGUGGUGGUCGAGAAGGAGGAGCGGGGAGCUAUGGAAGGGGAGGAAGGCGGUGGUGUGAGGGCACUGAAUGGAGAGGUGGUGGAGGACGAGUUUGCGUCGGACGCGGUGAACUACCAGAUCCUAUUGGAAAAGAUCGAUAGGAUGCUGGAGCGGUUGAAGCUGGAUGCUUGAAGAAUGCGUGGAAUUCAGGUUACGCCGUAUAUCAGACCUGAUGGCUGGUCGUUUAUAGAUGGACGUAUGAUUGUAGAAUGGGGGAAGACGCCCGCCCUCGAUGCGUGAUGCAGUUUAUGCAUGCUUACCACAACAUUGUUGUCAGUAUAUAGAAUGACGC